CGCUUUUCUCGGGGGAGCCUGAUUCUGCCAGUAUGCUUGUCGAAAUUUGAGUCGCUCUGGCCGGUUGACUAUGGAGGGAAUGUACCUCCAUCAGAGGGUGACACUUUGCCUGUAUACGAACCAGGGGAUAUAUGGGAUGAAGGGGGAGAGACAGAUGAAACAGAGGAGGAAGAGGAUAUGUCUAUGCUUGAGCAGGAGGAAGGAGAUUUACCUGCAGAUAGAUUGGAGCCAGAGGGAGAAGAUUGGCCUAUGGAUGAGCCAGAAGGACAAGCUUUGCCUACGGAUGAACCAGGGGCCGAUGGUUUCCAAGGUAGUUAUUACUUGGAUCAAUUUGUUUGCUGGUUCUGUCUACCCUCGGUUCGCCAUAUAUCGAUCUGGCUGCGGGACAAUGCGAGCAUCGAGGGUCUCGGCAACAAGAAACUCAACCUCCCCCAACUGCAAACACCCAUCUUAGCUCGUUCAACGGCCUCGGCGCAAUCCAUCGCCUCUCUACUCACCCAGACACAAUCUCUAAAAAGCCUCCAUCUGGGACUGGCAUAUGACUGGCACACACAGACAGUCCUCGAGGGCAGCGAGUUUAUCGCACAGGCCCUAGAAUCCAUUAGUGAGACCAUCGAAAAUUUCUCCAUGGAACUAGAAUACUACCCACGCCUCAAUGGCAGUCCCCACGACGACGAGAACAAAACACACCUACUAGUGCCAUUCCACGGCAUCCUCAAAAAAAUCCCCACGCCUCCAAACAGCCUAGAUACCAAUGCUCGUCCUUCUCGGCUUGAACUCAGACUUCGACAGUCCCGGUGAAAUGAAAGACCUCUUACCCAAAACCCUGCGUCGACUGGUCUUGAGGGGUAAUUUGAUGAGUGUUGAGGAGCAUGAGCACUGGGUUGGAUGGAUAGCGGACGCUGUGCGUAUCCAUCUCGAGGGGGACUGGAACGCGUCGACACCUCUGCUUCAAUAAGUGUGUGGUCGGAUUUGGUUUUGGUCUGUGAGAAAGCGGGAAUCGGGCAGGAGUUUAUUGCUGAUAGUCUUGGGUCUGGGUUGUGGGCUCGGGAGUUGGGUAUGGGAUGAGAUGGAGAUGGAAAUGUGCUUAUAUACCCUUUUUCUUUCGUUGUAUAUACGUCGGCUUUCAUGUU